UGCGUAAUUCACAACGCUGAGACAAUCCAAAGGCUUUCAUCCCCAACAUAACAGCUGGCCGCGCUGCGUGCUACAGGGAUCAUCAAGCACCUCAAUCUUGGAUCACUGGGUAUUCUUAGUCAAGUGGCUGACGCUGAGUCAUUCAAUAUUCAUCGCUCAUCUAUAUAAGGACUCGGAGUCCUCAGUCUACUCCUUCAUCAAGUUUCGGGUCCAGCGAUUCCACAAUGGCCCCACAGCCGUUUGAUCUAUGGCCCGCACCUUCUUUGCCUCCCCGUUAUUCCCCAAGUCGACUUCCUGGAAUAACGCCUGACUCGACCUCAAAGCUACGUGAAUUGCUUAGGAAGAAUCAUGAGCAAUGGCACAUUUUCUAUGACGGUGAAGGUCGACAUAAUCACAUCUCCCAUCACUUGUUGGCCUCGUGGUCCUUGGGUGCUGACAAGGAAGUGCUUCAAGCCGGAUACAACUUGCACUCACAGCUUCAAAGACCUCUCAAAGAGUUCCAGCCCGGCGAGGUCAUCACGAAAGAGACCUUUUACGACCACCUCGGUGAACGAUCGUAUUACCAAGCAUACGCUGACUUCUUCACUUUGGAAGUUGAAAAGAAUGGGGGUUUUACCGUCUUAGAAGAGUAUGUCUUCUCCGAUAAAGUCAACUUUGGGACAACGAACAAGGAGGGCGAGCAUCCGGUAAUGUUGGGUCGGUUCAUGGGCGGACUGCUCCAUCCAAUCAUCCAUGUGGGAUACGGUGCGGAGUUUAGUUUACCAGGAAUGUUUAUCGAAGGACUCGCACAGAUCGCAGUGACCUCGGCUCCCAAGGCCUUGAUUUUACCGCAGUCGCUGUUCACUAGCUCAUCCUCCACCGCCGAGCCGCUUCAUGCGUUGACAAUCCUCGCGCGUGUCCUCCAAGACGAGCGCUUUGACAUCAAGUUGGGCAACGGUUUCGCAACGGUUACUACUGAUGUCAGAGCCAGCUGUGGUAGUGCCCCAGUGGAAUAUGCAACAGCUUGGUUGCCUGACGCAGAGCCAUCUUCCGAAUUAGUACAACGGAAAAUCGAUGAGAUCCAAUGGACUGUGACGAUUAUUUGCACAAUUUCCGGAUUCAAAAAGGGACAGGAGUAUACUGCCGAUUUUAUUGCCAUGCAUCUCGUCACAAGUUCCCUCUUUGUACAAUCCUUGGUCCCUUCUCUUUCGCCUGCAUCCCAAGCUCUUUUCCUUCGAAGUUAUUUUGCCGUCUGCCUGACCACAUGGGCUACUCUUGGGAGACCCAGUCUCGAUAUCAUGGGUUAUUUUGCGGCCGAUAUAGCACACCCAUUGCCGACUCAAUCCCUAUCACCUCCCUCACCAUCCAAGUUUGUUCUACCUUCCCCCAACUCAAUUGUAUCAGUCAACCCGAAUCCAUGGCUAUCAAUCAUCCAGCGCUCUAUUGUUCACCCAGAUGAUCACGUCGUUAAAUUCCAGCGCGCAUUGUACCAUUACGCUUCAAAAUUCGGACCAACGCCUGCGGGAUACUUUGCGAACACGGAACUUCCUGAUGCAGACCAGUUGGACGGAACGUUGUUUGUAAGAGCGGCAGAAUUGACCAUCAAGAAACUAGGAAGGGAAAUUGAUGAACUUCCUAAGAAUUUCACUUUUUGGGAUAGGACGACUUUCAGACCCGAAGGCGCAUCCGGUAACCUUUACUGA